AUGACCAGUGAAAGUCAAAUUACAACCAUUGUGAAUGAUAUUUUAGUAAGUGUGCAUUAUGCUUAUAUAAUUAAUGUAUAUAUUUUAUUUUAUCUGUCAUUUAUAAUUGCUAUUUUACAAUAAUUUAAAAAUUAAUAUUAAGGUUAAGGUUCAAUUUUUUUGCGGCAUACGUAUUUACAUUUUGGAUCAAACGAACGUUCAUUUAAGUAUUUAUAUAUUUUUAGAUAGUUAAAAGUGAUGUUUAUUUGUCAUAAUUGUUAUAAUUAUAAAAAAUUUAAGUUAAUAAGUAACAGUUGCAUUAUUUCUAUAGUACCUCUCUUUCAAUUUUUUAAAAAUAUAUAUUUUAGUAACAACAUGUUUUAAUUUUUAUCAUUUUGCAAAAUUAUUACAGAAAGUAGAAGCUAUAGAAGAAGCUUUCAGUUGUGUGUUGGUACAUCACCCAAAUAGUGAGAGCGAAAAAAUAACAACAUGGCAAACAGAAUUGUCGUCCGCUAUGUCAAAUUUAACCAAAGAACAGCAAGAGAAUGCAGUAAAACAGUUUCUAUGUAUGGCAGCGGCAAUGACUAACCAUAGAAGAUUACAGUUAUUACUGUCAUUACUCGAAAAUUUAGUCACAUCUAACGUUUUGCCAGCAAGACUUGUGUGUGAAUGUAUAUUAAAUUGUGAUAAACUUCAAUAUCAGUUAGAAGAUUUUUGGGUAGAAUGUUUUGUUCUUAUUCGGCACAUCAUUGGAGGAGUUGACUAUAAAGGUGUCAGAGAGAUAAUGAAGGGAUGCAAAGAAAAAGCCCAAACGAUCCCAUCAAGAUUAGAUGCGUCUGUUCAAUCUCAAUUGAAAGCUUUAGAGAAUGUAAUUGAAUAUAUUUUUGAUAGAAAUGCUUGUUUAUUACCAGGCUAUUUUAUUGUAACUGAAAUUCAAAAGGCUUAUCCUGAUGGUAAACAUUGGCCACACUGGAAAUUAGCGAAAUUGCUUUCAAAUUUUGUUGAAAGUUUCCGCAAUACCGCGCAAAUGGUAUCUAUAGUUGGACAUUCAAAAAUGUUGCCUGUAGUAGAACAUACUGGAUAUGCAGAUUUGAUCAAUCCUUGGGUACUUGACACAACAACAUUAAAAUUUUCAUUAAAAGGAAAUUUGCCUUAUGAUGAAGAUUUACUUAAACCCCAAACUGAAUUACUUAGAUAUGUACUAGAACAACCUUACAGUAGGGAUAUGGUGUGUUCAAUGCUUGGUUUACAGAAACAACAAAAACAACGAUGUAUAGCUUUGGAAGAGCAAUUGGUAGAACUUGUAAUUCUUGCUAUGGAACGUGCAGAAAAUGAAACAUUACCAGCAGAAGGAACCGAUGGAACUGUUGCAAAUCAUUAUGUAUGGUUGCAUCUUUCAUCGCAGCUUAUAUAUUUUGUACUUUUUUCGUACGCCUGUUUUCCGAGUAUCGUAAUGGCAAUACACGACAAAUUAGCAGGAAGAGAUUUGAGAAAGGGAAGGGAUCACUUAAUGUGGGUUUUAUUGCAAUUCAUUUCUGGAAGUAUUCAGAGAAAUCCACUAUCAAACUUCUUGCCAGUAUUAAAAUUAUACGAUCUUCUAUAUCCUGAGAAGGAACCCUUACCGGUUCCGGAUUAUACCCGAGCAUUAUGCACUCAUCAAAUGGCUAUUACAUGUAUAUGGAUACAUUUGCUAAAGAAAGCUCAGUCUGAACAUUCAAAUAUCCACAGACCAAUACCACACACUUUGAAACUUCACCAUGAAUUUUUACAACAUUUAGUUAUGCCUAAUACUUCUCUUUGUAUGGGAUCUGAUUAUCGUAUUGCUUUGCUGUGUAAUGCAUAUUCUACAAAUCAAGAGUAUUUUAGUAGACCAAUGGCUGCUUUAGUUGAUACUAUACUUGGUACUCAGAAAGGUCAGCAACAACAGCCGAUGCAGACAUUGCAAAAUAACGCAGCCCUUGCAAGUGGACCAACGACGCCAUUAUCAAUGUCAAUCUUAGAUUCGUUAACUGUUCAUUCUAAAAUGAGUUUAAUACAUAGCAUUGUUAGUCACGUUAUUAAGUCGGCACAAUCUAAAAGUAACAUGGCAUUGGCACCGGCGCUGGUUGAAACUUACAGCAGACUACUGGUGUAUACCGAGAUUGAAAGUCUUGGCAUCAAAGGUUUUAUCAGUCAAUUGCUACCAACAGUUUUUAAGUCUCACGCAUGGGGAACAUUGUAUACUCUUUUAGAAAUGUUUAGUUAUAGGAUGCACCACAUACAACCACAUUAUAGAGUGCAACUUUUGUCUCAUUUACAUAGUCUUGCAGCUGUGCCUCAGACUAAUCAAACCCAACUACAUUUAUGUGUGGAAAGCACAGCUCUUCGUUUAAUCACUGGAUUGGGAUCAGCCGAA